AUGUCUAUCUCCAAGAUUACUGGUCUCCUGCUUAGCUCGGCCGCCAUGGUCGCUGGUCACGGUUACGUGUCCGGUGCUGUUGUUGAUGGCACUUACCACGGUGGCUACCAGGUGAACAGCUACAGCUACAUGUCGGAGGUGCCCGAGAACAUUGGAUGGGCUGAGAAGGCCACUGACCUCGGCUUCGUCGACGGCAGCAGCUACGAUAGCCCCGACAUUAUUUGCCACAAGGAGGCCACCCCUGGUGCGAUCUCCGCUGAGGUCAAGGCCGGUGGUAAGGUCGAGCUGCAGUGGACCGAGUGGCCCGAGAGCCACCACGGCCCGGUCAUCACCUACAUGGCCAACUGCAAUGGCGACUGCUCCAAGGCCGACAAGGCCACCCUCAAGUUCUUCAAGAUCGCCGAGGCCGGUCUGAUCGACGGCAGCAACGUCCCCGGCAAGUGGGCAACUGACGAGCUCAUUGCCAACAACAACAGCGCCACUGUCACCAUCCCCAGCGCCAUCGCCGCUGGCAACUACGUUCUCCGUCACGAGAUCAUCGGCCUGCACUCUGCCGGCGAGACAAACGGUGCCCAGAACUACCCCCAGUGUCUCAACCUGAAGGUCACCGGCGGCGGCAAGGACGCUCCUGAGGGCGUCCUCGGCACAGCCCUCUACAAGGCCGCCGACCCCGGCAUCAAGGUCAGCAUCUACACCGCGAUGGACGACUACAAGAUCCCCGGUCCCGCUCUGUACACCGGCGCCGCCUCCGGCUCUUCAUCCGGCUCCGAGACCACUGCCCCCGCCACCACUGCCGCGCCUACUGCUGCCUCAACCGUGAGUGCCUCUCCUAUCCAGAGCUCCUCUUCGCGCCACGUCACCCGCACCCGCACUGCCCGUCCCACCUCCAGCCCCAGCGGCACCCCCACUCCCUCAUCUGUUCCCACGUCUGCUGCCUCAACCUCCACCUCUAGUGAGCCUGGUUCCGAGUCCGUCGAGGCUCCUUCCAGCGCCACUGAGACUGCCACUUCCAUUGCUUCUUCUGCUCCUCAGGUUACUGACGAGCCCGAUACACAGACCGCCAGCGCCCCCGCCGACAGCGUCUCCCUCACUUCCACCGCCAGCGCCCAGUCUGCCCAGAGCACCACCCCCGUCUCCGAUGGUGAUGACUCCGAGUCCAGUGGCAGCACCACUUCUACCGCUGGCGCUGCCGCUAGCUCCGGCGCCAGCUCCGACUCCGGCUCCGGCGACUACUCCUCAUACCUCAGCUCCCUGAGCGCCGAGAAGCUCCUCGAGGCUAUCCGCUCCACCCUGAAGUGGCUUGUCUCUGACAGCAAGGUGCACGCCCGUGCCCUGGCUCACUGA